AGAACUCCAGACUUUGACCCUGAGCUCCAGUCCCGGCUGGCAGGCAGAGGGCUGAGGACAGGACGCCCCAGAACCAGCAGCCUGCCCUCGGGAGAUAGGACACUGCACCCACAGCAGCUGCCUCUUUUCUCCAGAAGUUUGGCGUAUCAGGCUGGCACGAUGCGCGUGGUCGUGAUCGGAGCAGGCGUCGUUGGGCUGUCCACCGCGCUCUGCAUCCACGAGCGCUACCACUCAGUGCUGCCGUCGCUGGACGUGAAGAUCUAUGCAGACCGCUUCACGCCGCUCACCACCACCGACGUGGCUGCCGGCCUGUGGCAGCCCUACCUCUCCGACCCCAGCAACCCACAGGAGGUGCACUGGAACCAGCAGACCUUCGACUAUCUCCUGAGCCACAUCCACUCUCCCAAGGCUGUGCGCAUGGGCCUGGCCCCAGUCUCAGGCUACAACCUCUUCCAUGAAGCUGUUCCGGACCCUUUCUGGAAGGACAUAGUUCUGGGAUUUCGGAGACUGACCCCCAGAGAGCUGGACAUGUUCCCUAAUUACAGCUACGGCUGGUUCAGCACAAACCUCAUUCUGGAGGGGAGGACGUACCUGCAGUGGCUGACAGAAAGGUUGACUGAGAGGGGAGUGAAGUUCUUCCAGCGGAAGGUGGAGUCUUUUGAGGAGGUGGCAAGAGGAGGCGCUGAUGUGAUUAUCAACUGCACUGGCGUGUGGGCCGGGGCGCUGCAACCAGACCCCCUGCUGCAGCCAGGCCGGGGGCAGAUCAUUAAGGUGGACGCUCCUUGGGUGAAGCACUUCAUCCUCACCCACGACCCAGACAGCGGCAUCUACAAGUCCCCGUACAUCAUCCCAGGGAUCCAGGCAUUGACUCUCGGAGGCAUCUUCGAGCUGGGGAACUGGAGCGAGGCCAACAGUCUUCAAGACCACAACACCAUCUGGGAAGGCUGCUGCAGACUGGAGCCCACACUGAAGGACGCCAGAAUCGUUGCUGAAUGCACUGGCUGCCGGCCAGUGCGCCCCCAGAUCCGGCUAGAGCGAGAACGGCUUCGCUUCGGAUCUGCAAACACAGAGGUCAUUCACAACUAUGGCCACGGAGGCUACGGGCUCACCAUCCACUGGGGCUGCGCCCUGGAGGCGGCCAAGCUCUUUGGGAAGGUCCUAGAAGAGAGGAAGUUGCUCACGAUGCCACCAUCUCACCUCUGAAGAUGCCAGCGACCACCUCCCCUACCCAAGGAUUCCUCAGCCAACUAAUCAACGUGCUCCUCUCUAAGCCAUCAUCUACCCCCCACCCCACCCCUCCCUGGCUCCCGUCCACAAGAAGCCCGAGGUGAGGGGGAACCACAAGGUCAGUUCCUGGAGGUCUUCGUGCAUCUGGGAUCAGCGAUACCCUGCGCGCUGUGAAGGGGUCUCCAUUGGUCUGUGCCAUUACUGUUCCCUCCUGUGUUGUUUCACCUGAUGGGUUCUUCUUGAAGUAUCUGCCAUGAUUUUGGCCAGCCCUAAGCUAAGUAGGGAGAGAGCUAAGGUCUAAGUUAGCAUUCUAAUAAUAGUAAUAAUGAUGAUGAUGAUGAUGAUGAUGAUGAUGAUGAUGAUGAUAGUCCCUGUCUUGAUGGUUUGACUUACGAUUUUUCAAUUUUACAAUGUUGCAAAAGCAACCAACACACAUGAUAUUAUAUGAGAUGUUCGACGCUAUUAUAAAAUAGCCAUUGUGUUAGAUGGUUUUGCUCUAUUGUAGGCCAACAGAGCUGUUCGGAGCAUGUUUAAGGCAGGCUACGCCUCGCUGUGAUGUUCAGUAGACUGGACGUAUUCAGUGUGUUCUCGGGUUAUGAUAUUUUCAACUUAUGCUGGGUUUAUUGGGACAUAACCCUCCCCCCGUAAGUCAAGGAGCAUCUGUAAUUAGUAAUUAUGAUUAUUAUUAUAACUGAAAGUUGUUGCACUCUAACAGGUACCAGGCUCUGCCUGUGCUACACUCUUGCACACAUCACUCAUUUAAUGCUCACAACCCCUCCGCCGCCCAUGGAAGAGCUAUUAUUCCCAUUUCACAGGCGAGCAGACCGAGGCACAGAGAGGCCCUGGGAGGUCAGCACCAGGAAAGCCACAGAAUGGAGACUCGGGGCCAGAACCGAGAGGAUCUCAGUGCCUCACUUUCGACCCCCACGCAGCACUGAUCCAGGGUGGGGUGGGGGGGGGUAGAGAGCCAACCACGGGACUGCUUUCCCGACUCUCUCCACCAACACGCUGGGAAGGAACGAGCCCCUCCCUCGUCACAGCUGAGACCAGGAGACUCGCAAGGCACACCGGUGGGGUGGGGAGCAUUUCCCAGGGCUGCGAGUGGAACACAACAUUUGAUUUUUUAAAAAUAAAAGUUCUAUCUUCACCCAACCUAAAAAUUCCCCAGGGAGAGCGACCCCUACUGGUCAAGGUUAGUUAUCAUCGGCACCCCUAGAGGACUCAGGACCCAGUUCACUCAUGCAAAUGGCUGGGGCUAGUCAAGUUCACAUUCAGACCUAGAGGGACCCUCCCGUUCUUUUUGUGAGUGGUAAGGACCUCUUUGCGAUGUGGCUCCCUAACCUGCCCUGAAGGCCAUCUGCCAGCGUGUGUUUAAGGAAUUCUUGACAGCCUGAUGAAUUUAGGGAAGAUUAUUUCUUCAUUGGAUUGUCUUGGCACUUCGGUCAAUUGAUCAUAAAUGCAUGGGUUAAUUUUUGGACUCGCGAUCCUAUUCAUCUACAUGCUAUCUGCGUGUAGCACCUCUGUCUUAGUUACUGUGGCUGUGGAGUAAGUUUUAAAAUCAGCAACGGUGAGUUCUCCAACUUCACUCUUCUUUUUUGAUGUUAUACAUGGUUGUUUGUUUUUGGGUUUUUUUUUUCUUUUUUUGCAAAUCUGGGCCUUUCGCAUUUCCAUAUGAAUUUGACAAUCAGUUUGCCAAUUUCUGCAUGAAACGUUUGCUGGGAUUUUAAUAGGGAUUGCUCUGAAUUUAUAGAUCAGUUUGGGGAGUAUUGAUUGAUUGUGUAACAGUUUUAAGUCUGCUGACCCAUGAUCCUGGAAUGUCUCUCCAUUUAUUUAGACCUCCAGUUCCUUUCAGCACUGUUUUGUACUCUGUGAAAAUCUUACUCCCCUUCUGUUAAAUUCAUUCCUAAGCGUUUUAUUCUUUCUGA